AAUUUGACAGCUCUCGCAUGUUCAUACGGCAUUCUUCCUUAGCACGGCAGUGUUGAACCGUUGAACGUAAUUAAAAUUAUACAGGAGAGGUCCAUCUGUAAUGAGGGACAUAAUCAUUACUCGUAUUUGUCCCUUACGGGAAAAAAAACGACUGCAGUGCUGAAAAAAUCAAAAUUGAGUUAAUGGCACUGCAUUUAGGCGUGUCCUAUGUGAACUCUCUCCCACCAUGACGACUAGCCAUGGCAAACCAAACCAGAGUAUCGAAAGUUUGAAUUUUAUACCUCAGUAUCCAUUUUCUUGCGAAAAAUGUGUUCAAAUUUUCUGUGCAGGAGAAAUCAAGGAACGCGUGAAUGUGAAGAAGGUGAGGUACACCGACCGGAAGUGAUACAUGUAUUUUCGCACGAUCAGCUCCAAAAUUGCAAUUCUAACUCCAUAUUCACCAAAAUUUCUUCGGAGGAUCCUCUCGGAGAAGGAUCAUUUACUGGCGCUAAAGACGUGAGUUUCAAAGACUAUUUAGAUGCCUGUUUUUAUACGUUACCUGAAGGAGAUCUCAAGGAUCAAAGGUUGGACAUCGUGCGGAAAUGUGUGGAUUACCUGAUCAUGCGCUACGGGUACAACCCAUCGGUAGAGCAGAGGGUCAAUGCUGCCAAAGAAAUUGUAAUGCUGUAUCCACGAUUUCGGAAUCAAGAUCCGUCGUCAAAGGGAUACGAGCACCUAGCCGAUCCCGACAAUUACGGGGCUGGUUUUAUCUCGAACAGAUUCAAGAAUGUCAAAAGGAAUGUUCACAAGAAAGGUAUGAGGGUAAAAAAAUUCUGGAGGAAGGCUAAAAGGGACAGGGACUCUCUCCCAGCGAAGCUCACGGCCCGAGACGUUUUCAUCGAGGACGAGGAAUUCCUUCGUGCCAUCGAAGUUUUGAAAGCGGCCGCACCAACCAAAGAUUUACAAUCCAUCAUAGAUACAACACUUAAAUUUGCUCCCUUUAUCCAGAGAUACGUCGAGGCGAACGCAUCUACCAUGGACUUGGAGGCAACCUUUCCUCGCUUCUAUGACGUCAAAAACUUGAUUGCUGUUUGUUUUGAUCAAUUAUUCCCGCAUUGCUCUGGUGUGAGUAUCCAAAAUUGGUGGGAUGAAUAUCGAGCCGCUGUAACGGUCGUUCUUCAGGAAUCUUCGCACAACGUGCAAAGUGCGUACGGCGAGACUUUCAAAGACUGGUCGGAGGACAUCAGAACUUUCAUCAACCUGGCUUUCUUGUUUCCAUCGCGCGAGAAACGGGACCUGAGCCAGUCGGAAGGGCGCUACGAGGAGCGAGUCGUGGGGGGCCUCGUCAGAUUCAACAAAAGCGGAGUCCCGCUCACCGAGUGUUUGUCCACCGUCCAGAAAAGGGAACCCUUCAUCCUAGCCGAAGGAACCUCGAAAGCACGAAUCACGAAGUUCUUCGUCGUCGUCGACAAGCACCCGGUCGUCGUGCCCGAAACCAGUUUCUUCGACGCAAUCGACAUCAUGUUCAAGAGCUAUUUUCUCUUCUCCAUUCCGUUUAAUCCAGCUGUUAAGUUUUUCCUCCGCUUUCUAGACUGUUACGUGUAUAAAGCGUCUUCGAAUACGGCCACGAGUCAAAUGAGGGAGGUUUACUCUAAACUUCUUUGCAAGAAGGAUGAACUCCUUAUGGUUGAACCAUGAAUACACAGUUGACAGGUUAUGAAAGUAAUUAGCACGAAACAUGAACAUGUCAUUUGGAUGAGUUGAAUUUGUUAAUCUUAUCUUAUCAGGACGCAUUUAAUGUUCAGUUCUGAUUAUUUUCUGCCUGAUCGCUCUAGAAUGUUUGAAAGCUGUCAAAAAUCUUAUAUUAUGAUUAUGACCAUUUCGAAUACAGUGUCAUUAUCAUUAGAUUAAUUGUGUUAACAUAAAAAAUAGGGGGCGAACUAAUACUACGGUGGCAUGUUGGCGUGGACGAAAAGUCGUAUAAAAUAAAUUAAAAUCAACUGAAAAAGGAAAGGAAGUUUCAAAAUUGCAAUAAUUAUAAAGUAAAUUUUGUUCCAUUUUUCACACAUUUCAGAGUAAUUAGGCCGAAACGAAUCAGAAUUGAAUACUUCCUUAUGUGUUUAUUUUGGAAAUCUCCGAUAGAGUAUACGUUCUCUGCUUGACAUUUUGUUAAAAAAAUCCUUGUCAGGGAUUCUAGUCAGACAUGUCUACUGUGACAACAACCGUAGGUUCACACACCUUAUUGAGUGUAAAUUUGAGACGCAUCAAGUAUCUUUCAAAAUUAAUUAUUUUAACUAAUUCUCUAAUUGUUUUAAAUCGUCCUAUUUUUCAUAAGUGUCUUUUUUUUGUAUGUAAUAAUAUCGUGAACACACCGUUUUUGUUUUUUGUUUUUCUUUUUGGUAAACUUUGAAUUGUUAACUCUUGAAUUUUUUAAACUUCGAAUUUUAAAAAAUUGACCUUUGAGCUAUAAAUUACUGUUAAUUUUUACCUGUUGUCUGUCAAUAAAACUUUGCCCAAAGUAA